GUGUCUGGCUCCAGUUUUCUGCCGGAGUCUUUUAGCGGUCGUACGACGGAUACAAACACAGACUUUCGUAGGCGUAUCGUUUUGUUAAAAAACCCACUGUUCGUGAUGCCGGGUGACUGGCACCUGUUAGGUCCGCUGGAAUGGACGCGUUACGUUAAUAAAGAAGUCAAAGUAACGGCUGGAAAAGAUGUCGAGCGCUGCGGCUGGCUGCUCACCGUGGACCCGGUGUCUGCGAGCCUGGUUCUGCUGGACUUCAAAGCAGAUGGUCAGACGUCAGUGGACCUGGUGAUGGGUCACGCUGUGAAGGAGGUCCAAGUCUUACAAGAGCCAGACGAAAAGACCCUUAACCGUCUGCAGACCUCGUUUGUUCCAGUGAGGAGCUGCAGCCUGGACUCAGAGGAGCUGAGAAGGAGAAGGGCUUCCCUGAAGGACUGGCUCCAAAAGAACCUGAUCCCUGUGGAGGAGGAAGGGGAGGAGCUAAAGGUGGCAGGGGUCCUUCUCAUCAGAGCCCCGUACACACCGGACGACUGCUGCAGCUCCAACCAGAUCAUCCUGGACCGUAUACAGAAACUGAUUCACAAUCUGGACUCUCAAAACUCCACAGAUCAAUGUGGGACAGAUUAAACCCCGGCCCACCAGCAGAGGGCACCAUUAGGAAAGAAACGUUUGGUCCUGUCAUGAAAUUGUAAAUAAACUCCAUGCUUAAGCUAAUCAAUGUUUAA